GGCACCGUCACCAUGACUCAGUAAAUACAAUCCUCAUUUCCAAUGACUUGCCUGCAUAAAGGGCGCGGGCUUGUUUUGCUCGCACGAUCUGACCUUCUCCCACAACAUACUCAAGCCGUCUAGAUGUCUUCAGACGAACCACUCGAAAUCGACGGAAGUACACUCGAGGGAGGCGGCCAACUCCUGCGCAUCGCAGUAGGGCUCUCCGCGCUGCUCUCCAAGCCCAUCACUAUCAACAACAUCCGCGCCAAACGUAACCCCCCUGGUCUCAAGUUCCAGCAUGCAGCAGGCCUCCGCCUCGUCGCCGACAUCUGCUCUGCCCGCCUCGAAGGGAACACUACAGGCUCCAGGACCAUCACGCUCCACCCCCAAGUCGCACCCCAGGCCUCUCUGGCAUAUACAGCGGAUCCGGGGACAGCAGGCUCCAUCGCGCUUCUACUACAGGUCUCCCUCCCGUGCCUGAUCUUCUCGUCCUCCUCCACCAGUCCCUCUUCUUUGACCCUCCGCGGAGGAACGAAUGCGUCCCACUCUCCUCAGAUCGACUACACACAGAACAUCUUCCUCCCUUUUAUCCAGAAGCACUUCGGCUUGGAGCCAACAAUACAGGUCGUCAAGCGAGGCUACUAUCCGAGAGGUGGGGGACAAGUGCACGUCUCCAUCCCCCCUGUGGCGGGCCCCCUACCCUCGGUCACGCUCACCGACCGCGGCGAGAUCAAGAGGGUGUACGGGAAGUCGUACGUGGCUGGCCUGCCCAAAUCCCUGGCCGACGCGAUGCGCACCGCCGCAAUCGACACCUUAGUAGAGUCCGGAAUCAAGGAGAACCGCAUCAAGAUCGAGUCGCUGCGCGAGAAGCCGUCCGACGCCGUAGGAAGCGGCUCGGGCAUCGUCCUCUGGGCGGAGACAUAUGAGGGCUGCAUCCUCGGCGGCAGCGCGCUAGGGAGGAAGGGCACCGACGCGGCUCACGUGGGCCGCGAGGCCGCAAGGGAGCUCGCGAGCAACCUCGACCAUGGCGGAUGCGUGGACGAGUAUAUGCAGGCAAGGAGGCGAUCCGACCAGAUGAUCAUCUUCCUCGCGCUCGCCCAGGGCAAGUCCAGAGUGAAGACCGGGCCUCUGACUCUCCACACAAGGACGGUGAUAUGGGUGGUCGAACAGCUCUCUGCCGCCAAGUUCCGCCUCGAAGAAGCAGAAGGCGGCGCCGUCGUCGAGUGCGACGGAAUAGGCUACGUGCCUCCUGUACCCCCCGCGCCUCCUACGCACGUUCCGGGCGAGACAUCAAUUUAACAUGACUAGCCUCUUCGAAAC